AUGACUUUCCCAGUCCAUGGGAAUGGUCCUGUGGUCGUGAUUGGAGCGGCAUCUGCUGGUAGCUUUCAGCAUUUUACGUCAGCUUUCAGAAUCCAAAUUUGUCAGGCCAUUCAUUGUAUUCUCCGGAUAAAAAAUCUCAACCGUGGCUUUGCCAAACUGAAGGCACUUGUGCCAUUUCUUCCCCAAAGCAGAAAGCCUAGCAAAGUUGAUAUCCUUAAAGGUGCAACUGAAUACAUACAAGUUCUCAAUGAUGUUUUGGAAGGAUCCAAAGACUCAGAGAAACAAGACCCAGAUAAGCAGAACUAUAGCAACAGUACUCCUGAACCACAUAUACCCUUGGCUAGAGAGCUAUCCAAGGACAUUAUCCAACAUACCAGCUGUGCCACUGGAUUGAAGAAUGAAGAGGAAGGGCCCUGGAUGGACGGUGGCAGUGGUGAACCAGCAAAUGCUUGUUGCAAGAGCGUGCCGCCUGCGACUAGGAGUUAUUUCACUGGCCAGGAGUCUGGAUAGAGUUGCAGAAGUAGAAUUCCUGGAUCACAGACUCCUACAAAUGCACAAGUGAAAAGGCCCGGGGUUACCUUCUAGAAACAAAUAAACACAG